CAAUCUUAUUUGCUUGCUUUAGACUCAUAUAACUACUUCACCAUCUCUCUCCUCUUUGAUCUUUGUUCUCCUUCUGUGCUUUUUUUUUUUUUUUUUUGGGGUCAUUUGGAACUCUAGUGCGUGGGCUUGUAAUUGAACCUUCAAUUUAUAGUUAAAUUCUUUGGAGAAAAUAUUUUCUUAGCCUCUAAUUCCAAUUUUCUUCAUCUCAAGUACUAUAUUUGGUUCCGUUUUUGGUCAUUUCUUACCACUUUUCUCAUCCAUAUAUUGUGAGGGAAAGAAAGCUAAAACAAAAUGCAACUAGUAUCUGCUUAGUAGAAACAGAGUUGUUGGUAUCGAAUUUAUUAUUUAAAUCUGAAAAAACAGAUCAUGGUAUUAGAGACAGUGGUUUACCCUCAAGAACAAUAUGGCUAUAUUUGCAAAGAAUUUUAUGGCUAUGGUGAGCAAGAAAGUUCCUUUCUUGGCAAGUUGGAACGCAACAUACAAUAUGGUUGUAACAACUGGGAGCACUCUUCAUCUAGUAAUUCAAUGAUGCAAAAUCAAGUCAAAGGAUACAAUAAUUGGGACAUUUCACAUUAUUCUUCACUAGAAGAAGGUUGCAAUAUUACUAAUAUUGUUGAGGAGAAUAAUUUAGCUUCAAAUCCUUUAGGGUGUAGGAGGAAAAGAAGAAGGACAGUUAAUAAUAAUAAGAAGGAAGAUUUGGAAAAGCAGAGAAUGGUACAUAUUGCUGUGGAGAGGAAUAGGAGAAAGCAAAUGAAUGAAUAUCUUAAUGUUCUUCGAUCUUUGAUGCCAACUUCCUAUGUUCAAAGGGCGGACCAAGCAUCAAUAAUUGGAGGAGCCAUAAACUUUGUAAAAGAGCUAGAACAUCAUCUCCAAACACUACAAUCUCAAAACACACUAAUUUCUCAGCCCAAAAAUGACAUAUCAUCACCACCACUUUUUUCUGAUUUCUUUUCCUUCCCACAAUACUCAAAUCGUUCGAGCAGUUCACCGACAGCGACCGAGAACGGACGGGUGAUGGGUGACAUAGAAGUGAACUUAGUAGAGAGCCAUGCCAACCUCAAAAUACUCUCAAAAAGAAGACCAAAACAGCUUAUGAAGAUACUAGGUGGGCUUCAGUACUUGUGUCUCACUAUUCUUCACCUUAAUGUUACUACUGUGGAUCAAAUGGUUCUUUACUCCAUCAGCGCUAAGCUAGAGGAAGGGUGCCAACUGACAACAGCAGACGAAAUUGCUCAGGCUGUUAACCAAUUGCUGUCUAGAAUUCAAGAAGAAGCUACUUCAAACAGAUAAGGGAACCCAUUGGUCUUAAUGUACUCGGUGUUAGAAAUAUAUGUCGAAAGCAGGGAAUUUAAUAAUUUGGCAAUAGAGUAGUCUUUGUCCUUGAGAAAUUUAGGUCUCCCUAUUAAUUGAUGUAGGGAUGGUUGAAGAAUUCCUCCAGGAUUUUACAAAGCCUAUAAAAUUCAAGUUUCAGAAAAGGAUUUA